UUUCCCCUAAUUUGUUGCGCAUCUAAUGUCUUUAUUGACUGGGAUAUUUAUUCCUUGUAAUAAAUAUUUGAAUAAACCUUUUUCUUUGACAUUUUUUUCAGUGAGAGGCUACGACUCGAGCAGUAUCAACAAAGAUGAGUCUUUACAAAUGGAAACUGUACGCGAUCUUUUUGCUAAGAAACAGGCGCUGCUUCUCGAGUUGAAAAACUACACAUCGGAUCCUUCCACUAUUGGAAUACCGGCCAACACAAGAUUGCUAACAGAAAUAUCCACAUGCCAGACAUCUAACCAGCACAAGAUGUCGUUUGAGCCUCAAAUGGGGGGCUCAUAG